AUGCCUCAGUUGCUGGGAAACAUUGAUGGAAUCAUCCAGGCCUUCAGCCGCUAUGCCAGGACUGAGGGUGAUUGUACCACACUGACCCGCGGGGAGCUCAAAAAGCUCCUGGAGCAGGAGCUCACGGAUGUCAUUGUGAAACCUCAUGACCCUGCCACGGUGGACCAAGUCUUCCGCCUACUGGAUGAAGAUUCCAAAGGGACUGUGGAUUUUAAGGAGUUCCUUGUGUUAGUGUUUAAAGUGGCACAGGCUUGCUAUAAGACCCUAAAUGAGAGUCUUGAAGGAGCUUGUGGAACUCAAGAGCCAGGAAGUCAGCAUACUAGGAGCACCCAGCAGAUGAGGGGUGAUCAUAGCAGUCACACGGGAACAGGAGGAGUCGAGAAAGAACAAAACCAUAAUAGGCACGGAGGAGAAGAGCAGACAUUCUCAGGAAAAAACAAGAACAACCUGACCACAGGGACUCAGACUCGGGGGCAAGACAUCACUUCUACUCAAGUCUGUGGUCAGGAUAGGCAGACUGAAACCCAGGGACAGGAGAAAGUGGUCCAACAGAGUAGAGACAAAACUGAUGGGCAGAGGCAGACUCAGACAGGUACCACUCAGAUCAGGGAACAAGACAGGAGCCAUCAGACAGAUGUGACAGUGACUGGAGGUCAGUCUCAGAUUCACACUGGCACCACUCAGAUCAGGGAACAAGACAGGAGCCAUCAGACAGGAGAGACCGUGACUGGAGGUCAGUCUCAGAUUCACACUGGCACCACUCAGAUCAGGGAACAAGACAGGAGCCAUCGGACAGGAGAGAUCGUGACAGGAGGUCAGUCUCAGAUUCACACUGGUAUCACUCAGAUCAGGGAACAAGACAGGAGCCAUCGGACAGGAGAGAUCGUGACAGGAGGUCAGUCUCAGAUUCACACUGGUACCACUCAGAUCAGGGAACAAGACAGGACCCAUCGGACAGGAGAGAUCGUGACAGGAGGUCAGUCUCAGAUUCACACUGGUACCACUCAGAUCAGGGAACAAGACAAGACCCAUCAGACAGGAGAGACUGUGACUGGAGGUCAGUCUCAGAUUCACACUGGUACCACUCAGAUCAGGGAACAAGACAGGAGCCAUCAGACAGGGCAGAUCAUGAUGGGAGGUCAGUCUCAGAUUCACACUGGCACCACUCAGAUCAGGGAACAAGGCAGGACACAUCGGACAGGACAGAUCGUGACAGGAGGUCAGUCUCAGAUUCACACUGGUACCACUCAGAGCAGGGAACAAGACAGGACCCAUCAGACAGGGGAGACUGUGACUGGAGGUCAGUCUCAGAUUCACACUGGUACCACUCAGAUCAGGGAACAAGACAGGACCCAUCAGACAGGAGAGAUCGUGACAGGAGGUCAGUCUCAGAUUCACACUGGUACUACUCAGAUCAGGGAACAAGACAGGACCCAUCAGACAGGACAGAUCGUGACGGGAGGUCAGUCUCAGAUUCACACUGGUACCACUCAGAACAGGGAACAAGACAGGACCCAUCAGACAGGACAGAUCGUGACGGGAGGUCAGUCUCAGAUUCACACUGGUACCACUCAGAGCAGGGAACAAGGCAGGACCCAUCAGACAGGACAGAUCGUGACAGGAGGUCAGUCUCAGAUUCAUACUGGUACCACUCAGAGCAGGGAACAAGACAGGAGUCAUCAGACAGGUGUGACAGUGACUGGAGGUCAGUCUCAGAUUCACACUGGUACCACUCAGAUCAGGGAACAAGACAGGACCCAUCAGACAGGAGAGAUCGUGACAGGAGGUCAGUCUCAGAUUCACACUGGUACCACUCAGAUAAGGGAACAAGGCAGGACCCAUCAGACAGGUGUGACAGUGACUGGAGGUCAGUCUCAGAUUCACACUGGCACCACUCAGAUCAGGGAACAAGGCAGGACCCAUCAGACAGGACAGAUCGUGACGGGAGGUCAGUCUCAGAUUCACACUGGUACCACUCAGAGCAGGGAACAAGACAGGAAUCAUCAGACAGGUGUGACAGUGACUGGAGGUCAGUCUCAGAUUCACACUGGUACCACUCAGAUCAGGGAACAAGACAGGAGCCAUCGAACAGGAGAGAUCGUGACAGGAGGUCAGUCUCAGAUUCACACUGGUACCACUCAGAUCAGGGAACAAGGCAGGAGCCAUCAGACAAGUGUGACAGUGACUGGAGGUCAAUCUCAGUCAGGGAUCACUCAGACAACAAACUGUCAGACAGGGAGUACUGUCACCCAAGGAUGGGAAACUGGCUAUGGCCAGGAUAAAGGCACAGAGAUCCAAGAACAGGACAGAGGCCAGAUAACAAGAGAAACAGUGUUAGGGGGACAGACUCAAACUCAAACAGGGGAAUGGGCCCAGACUCAGACAGGAGGUAGUCAGGGAUGGGGCCAAGAAAGGAGUCAACAAAGAGAAACAGUGCUGGGGGGCCAAGGUCACACCCACAUGGAGAGUUCUUUGUCUGGGAGACAGGGCUGUAGUGGCAGUCAGAUAAGUUGCAGUGUGACAGGAGGCUUGGAGGAGAGUGAUGACUGCCAGAGCCAAGAAUCCACUACUGGAGGACAGGAGUGGAACAGACACCAGACAAGGGAGACAGUAGUUCAACGGCAGGACCAGGGUAACCUGCAGACAAGGGAGUCGAAAGUUCAUGGUCAGGAGGCCACCCAGGUUGGAGGAGCAGGCCAGGCUCAGGGAGGAAAGAGAGGCCUCACUGCCCGGGGCCUCUACUCCUACUUCAAAGGUAGCAAGCAAUGA